AUGUCUCCUCCGGCGUCGGCUGCGACUGCCAGUGAAAGCAGCACCGCCACCACCACUACCACCACUACUGCCGUGUUUGAAGAGGAUACUAGAGAGGAGCAGCAAAAACCCCUCAAACAAUCUCUGAGCAAGUCACUGUGUCGAGAGAGUUUCUGGAAAUGCCUUCUCCUGUCCAUUCUCAUGUACAGCUGCAUAGGUGCCAUGGUGUGGUGCCAUGUCACCGAGGUGACCCGUCUCAACUUUGACAGUGCAUUCAAAGGGAAAUCAAUGAUGUACCAUGACAGUCCAUGCUCCGAUGGCUACAUAUACAUUCCUCUGGCCCUCCUGGGCAUGCUUUACUUGGUCUAUCUGGUGGAAUGCUGGCACUGUCACGUGCAGAACGAGCUACAGCACAAAGUCGAUGUCGAGGGUGUUUACGAGAGGAUUCAGAGAAUGCAGCAAGCCAAACCUUGCAUCUGGUGGAAGGCCAUCAGCUACCACUACGUGCGUCGCACUCGGCAAGUCACGCGCUAUCGGAACGGAGAUGCGUACACCAGUACCCAGGUUUACCACGAGCGAGUCAACACUCACGUAGCGGAAGCUGAAUUUGACUAUGGGCACUGUGGAGUGAAAGAUGUCUCCAAACAGCUGCUCAGCCUGGAGAAGUCUGCCCUCACAAAAAUGCGUUUCACCAAGUGUUUUAGCUUUGCCAACGUUGAGUCCGAAAAUUCAUACCUCACGCAGCGAGCAAGGUUUUUCACUGACAACGAAGGACUCGAUGACUACAUGGAGGCCAGGGAGGGCAUGCAUCUAAAAAACGUUGAAUUGAAGGAGUAUAUCAUGGCUUUGUCCGACCCAGAGCAUCACCCCUGGUAUCUAUCCCAUUACGUUUUCUGGUUCGCCUCUUUUCUAACCUUCUCAUGGCCUCUCCGAGUAUUUGCGGAGUAUCGAACUGCUUAUGUCCACUAUCGUGUGGAGAAACUGUUUGGUCAUGAUUACAUUCCAGCGACGCCGUGUGAGGACCGGCCGUAUUGGCGACGUAUCCCUCGCGUAAACACCAUAGAUAGUACGGAAUUAGAGUGGCACAUUCGCUCCAAUCAGCAGUUGGUGCCCAGUUACUCAGAAGCGGGCCUCAUGGAUCUAGCCCAGUGCCCCAACAGCUUCAGUGGGAUUCGUCAGAAUUGUGAACGCUGCCACAGGGCUAUAAGCUGCUCCUCAGUGUUCUCCAGGAGCGCCCUCAGUAUCUGUACGGGCGCCAGCUCCCGAAUUCCCUUCAGCGGCAGCAGAUUCUCCUUGGCACGACGCUACGGAUCGCAAAGGAGCUGCUUUUGGAGGAGCGGGAGCUUGGACGACCAGGAGAGUCCUAGCGAAAACACCCGUUGCCUGUCAGAGCGCCUCGCCACAGAUGAAGAAGAACCUCCAGACUAUGACGAUGCACUGUGCUACCCGGUGCUUAUUGUCCACUGCAGUGAGAACUGCCAUAAUCACAGGUCCUUCCACAGAAACGGCUCUUGUGUGGAAACUUCCCUAUGA